AUGGCUACCACCAGAGCCAGUGCCGAUGGCGUGCACAACACACCCGAGGUUGUUCGCCAUUCGGACGAUAAGCAGGACAUUAGCCAGGUCGAGCGCGUGUUCUCCGAAGGAGGAGACGAGAAGGGCGACCAUGCCGACUACAACCGUAUCGACAAGGAGGUUGCCAAAUACGCAAACGCUUCUGAGGUUUUCAUCUCGGAAGAGGAGAACGCCCGGUUAAAGAAGAUGAUCGACCGUCGUGUACUGCCUAUUAUGGUCAUCACGUACUUCCUGCAAUCGCUGGACAAGGGCACAAUGUCCGCUACCUCCAUCAUGGGUAUCCGUGAGGAUAUUCCCGCGCUUCUUUCCAAAGAGACUUUUGGGUGGCUCACCACCUGUAUCUACCUCGCUGUACUGGUCGUCGAAUACCCUACCAACUGGAUUCUCCAACGAGUACCAGUAGCCAAAUACCUCGGAUUCAACAUUCUUGCAUGGAGUACCGUACUUGCCUGCCAUGCGGCCUGCUUCAGCUUCCCUGCGCUCGUCGUUUGCCGAACACUCCUUGGUAUCUUCGAGGCUGUCUGCCAGCCCGCUUUCCUCAUCAUGACUUCUCUCUGGUACAAGCGUGAGGAGCAGGCCCAGAUCGUUACUUACUGGUACAUGAUGAACGGCAUGCAACAAAUUGUCGGCGGUCUCCUCGCAUACGCUUUCACCAACAUCAGACAUCCUAGCUUCUCUGCGAACCCCGGUAACGCUUCUAUCCGAUCCUGGCAAGCUAUAUUCAUCACAUACGGUUGCUUCUCCUUCAUCUGGGGUUUGUGGGUCAUCUUCCGCCUCCCCGACAGCCCCAUGCGCGCCAAAUGCUGGUCAGAGGAAGACAAGAAGCUCAUGGUUGAGCGUGUACGCUCCAACCAAACCGGUCUCCAAAACAAAAAGUUCCGCGCCUACCAAUUCAAAGAAGCCCUCCUCGACCCCCAAACCUACUGCUACAUGGGCAUUCAGAUCUUCACCACUUUACCCACCUCAGGCCUCGGCGCCUUCUAUAACAUCAUCAUCAAAGACCUCGGUUUCGACACUCUCCAAGUCCAGCUCCUCGCCAUGGUCCUUGGUGUCGUCAUCAUCGCCACACUAAUGGGUUCCGCCUGGAUGGUGAAGAAAACAAAGCAAAACUUGCUUACCAUGGCCGUCUUCAUGAUCCCCGCCUUCGUCGGCACAAUCAUCAUCAUGACCGUUAAAAACACAAACAACGCUACCAAAGCCGGUCUGCUCAUCUCCUACUGGAUCGUCUUCACCUUCUGGGCCGCCCAGGGUCUCGGCAUGUCCAUGCUUACCCGCAACGUCGGCGGGCAGACGAAGAAAUCCGUCUGCAUCACCAUGAACUUCUUCGCGUGGUGCGCGGGUAAUGCGAUUGGACCAAAGGUAUUUUUCGAUGGCGACCCACGCUAUCUCAAGUCCCUAGCUAUUCAUCUCGGGUGCUACAGCGCGCUGCUGGUUGUCAUUGCGUUUUUGAGGUUCAACCUCACGCUCAGGAAUAAGAAGAAGGAUAGGGAGUUUGGAAAGGAUAUUAGUAACGCGCAUGGCUUUGAUGAUUUGACGGAUAAGGAGAACCCCAACUUCCGGUAUGUUUACUAG